GCCUUCCCCGAUAUAUAUAUAUAUAUCUUCUAUAACUAUAACUAUCUAGUAUCUACAAAUACAUAUUGCUGUAUCGAUCUUAAUUAAUCGUCAUCACCCUAUUCAUAAUCUUCAUUUUACUUCCGAUUUGAAAUUUCUGUCCGAACUUGAUCACCAAGGUUCCAAUUCUGAAGGCGAUUGCAGGUAACCCUGUUCCAACCUGAAGCAGUCUUGAGCUGUUAUCCAACCCACCUGUUUUUCUACUGCUAGUUGUUCCUUUAUCCUCAACUAUGGUUGAAGCUAUACCUUUUGAGAUGCUUGAGGAACUUUGAAAAUGUUGGUGGCACCAGUCGAUAACAUGGCUACAUUAAGCAGCGAUCUCUUCUAUGACAUACUAAAACGUCUCGAUGGUGCAACUCUAGCAAGUGCAUCAUGUGCAUGCGCGGCAUUUAGUUCCAUUUCUAAAGAAGAAAGGUUAUGGGAAGACGUAUGUUCUUCAAUGUGGCCUUCAACAAAAAGGGAUGAUGUUAAAAGUUUAAUAUCGUCUAUUGGAGGAUUUAAAAAGUUCUACGCAUUUUGUUUUCCACUUAUAGUAAGUAAGGAGGUCCCCGAGUUUAGAGGGAGUGAUUAUUCUGAGUAUCCUGAUGAAGAACUUAACGAAGCCGAAUAUUAUGGGGAUUUUGAUGAAUUUGAAAGCGUCUCACCUUCUGAUUUUGUAUCGAUUGUGGAUAUCAGAUAUAAAGAUAAAACAAUUUGCUCGGAAGUCAUUUGGGGAAUACCGAAUGCGAAUGGUGUUAAUGGUUGGUUUUCAAAUUGCCCAUUUCGGAUCGAUCUUUUUACCUUUACAGGUAGAGGCGGUGAUAACACAGGUGGCGUUACACUUAACGCAUCUGAUGGUCUGCCUCUUGUAUUUUCCAUGGAAAAAGAGCGGAAAGAUGGGAAGCUUUGGCAAGAACUUUGUGACGGGAUCAGGCUCAGUUGGAUAGUCGUAAACACAAAAUCCAAGCAAACUGCCAAUUUAUCGAGCUGGAGUCCAUUGGGUGGUCAAAGGCAUUGGCCAACUGACAAAGAUUUCUUGCUACGGUUUGGGUCGAUCCUCCCUGCUAAAGACAUUCUUCCGUGUCAGAUGGUGGAAUGCAUCAUUGCCAUGAAGUUUCAGGUAACCGAGGUUAGUGAGUUUCAAACAUCCCUCAAAUUGACCGAACUUUGUAUGCAACUGGGAGACAUGGAAGGUGCACACAUUAAUGGAAGGAACAGUCUACUUGUUCUGAAAGAAGCUCUAAGCUCUGAUAGAAGCAAGAAUUAUAGCUUAGCACUUGAGUCUUGUCAUUUGUACUCAAAAGUGCAAAGUGAGAUUAAGGAGGAAAAAAUGAGAUAUGAAAGUACGUUAGACCAGCUGUGGAUUUUUGGUGGCAUCACAGCGUUUGUAACGUUAUGCUCCUAUAUUCUGUGAAUUCAGUUGAAUGCUUAAAUGUUAUCUAUGCCAUCAAUGCCAACAGAAGCCGUGCCCCUUUAUCGAGAGCUGAAUGCUUAAAUGUUAUCCAUGUCAUCAAUGCCAACAGGAGCCGUGUCCCUUAUCAAGAAAGCAAACUCACUCGAGUGCUACAGGAUUUUUUUUGGUGGUACAAAGCAAGCAAAUACUAUUAAUGAGCAAGUGCUAUCUUGGCAUAUAAUCCAUCCAACAUAGUGAAGCCAGAUACUCUCAGUGGUGAUAUAUUCAGCCCAGAUGAUGAGGAUGUUCCUUCAGCUGUAUUGACCCGUUCACCUGAGAAGGAUGCUUCGGUAAAUACCCAAAACAACUCUACAGAGCUUACCAGGGUAAAACCCUUUACCAAAAAAACAGCAACUCUACAGAAUGUAUUCCUCAUAUUAAUGGUAACAAUGUAGAAUAGGAGAACAGUUUUCUCUCUAUUGAAGGCCAAAGCACAAUUAAGUUUUGGGUUAGAAAAGAUAUUUAUUAUUUAAUUAUGUGAAUCUUUUGCAUUUUUUAGGGCCUCCAACUCCUUUUUGUGUAAAUAUUACAACACGAGAGAGAUAAAAUACUAUCUCUUCGACUCUUCUCACUUUUUGUCUUUCAAGUACAGUACAUAUAAUGUUUAAUUAUGUAAGCAAGGUUCAUGCGUUGGUAAACAAAGAGAUUUUAGCAUAUGAGAUUUGGUGGUGGGCUUUGAGGAAUAACAAGGUGCGUAACAAGGUACAAGACACACCCCAUGAUAUUGUCUCCAUAGCUUACUUGUGGGUUCACAAUCGUGACAAGGAUAACAUGGAUUGGAAAGAAUGGCUCGUGUCUCCAUUCAGUAUUACAUAAUGGUUGCUUUGAUAUCAGUUUGGUUGGUUACUGCUCUUUGUUUAUUCAUUGGGUGUAUUCGUGUCGGUUUAUCCCCUGAAGCAUGUGUGGGAUUAUGGGAAUGCAUUAAAAACAAUGCGAAGUGAAAAUCGGUGGCCAGACCUUCGUUAUUGGGGUUUUUUCUUCUGUCUCUGGCAACUGCAAUUGACACAAAUUUUUUCUAA